AUGGCAUCUACCAUUUCCGCCCCUGAACCCGGGGCGUAUGUCCCAGCUAUCAUUUUCUUUGGUCCGGAGACCGACACAUUACCAACAGAGCAAGCCAAAUACUACGCAUACCUCGCCAACUCGGGCCUCAAUGGCCUUGUAAUUCUAGGUACAAAUGCCGAGACAUUCGUUUUGUGGCGGGAAGAGCGAGCUUCGCUCGUGAAGCUUGCGCGUGAUUCCGUUCCAAAAGAAUGCCCUGCCGUUGCUGGAAGCAGCGGCCAUUCAACAUCGCAGGCCCUAAAAUUCGUUACAGAUACUCUGGUGCUGACUAUGCUCUGGUCUUGCCUGCUGCGUAUCUCGGCAAACAGGCCACGCCUGCUGUGGCAUGGCCUUUGCCAACCAUUCUGUACAACUUCCGGCGUGACGGAUGGUCUAGACCUUGACGUUGAUACUGUCAGUGAGCUGGCCAAAGCUUAUCCAGAUAUCGUUGGUACCAAGUUGACCUGCGGCUCAAUUGCCAAGGCCACUUGUCUAGCCGCAAGUUUCCCUCUUGAGCGAUUUGCUGCCUUUGGGGGCCAGUCGGAACUUUCUCCUUGGAGGGUUAGCUUCUGGCACUGCUGGGUGUAUCGGCAUCUUUGGAAAUGCAUUCCCCAAAUCCGUCGGUACGGUCUACCGGCUCUUGAAGGAAAGGAAGAUGGGAAGAGGCUCUCAAGCUCCAACGAAAAUGCUGCCAAGGGUGGGAUUGCUGCAGCGAAGUAUGCUGCUAGCCAGUAUAUUGCCAAGGCAGCUGGCAUUGAGGGUGACUUGGAAGCACUCCUGCGACCACGCCACCCUCAUGAAGAGCCAGAUCCGGCAUACAAGUCAAGGAACAAAAACUCUGAAUAA